CAUACAACUACUGUCAGCACACCUGUUGAGGAGUAUUUGUCUGUCGACCCAUGCAGUCAGAAACAUGGCCUUUGCAUUGUCUGAGGAUCAAUUUCGGUGCAUCAUCUGUCUGGAUAUCUUCCACAACCCUGUCUCCAUCCCAUGUGGACACAAUUUCUGCCUGGGAUGCAUCAAACGCUUCUGGGAUACAAUACACAAGUCGGAGUGUCCGCUGUGCAAAGAGGCCUUCAAAAUCCGUCCAGAACUCAGGAUCAACGUAGGCUUAAAGGACAUCACCCAGCAAUUUAAAAAGUCUAUAAUAGGCCAGCCACCAUACAAGCGACCCCCAGGAAAGAGACCACCAAAUUUGCCACCAAGACAAUCUUCUAAGAAUGAUGAAGUUCCAUGCGACAUCUGCCAGGGAAACAGUGUAAUGGCGGUCAAGUCGUGCCUCGCCUGCCAGAUGUCUUACUGUGAAAUUCACCUGACACCUCAUCUAAGGGAUUCAGUUUUGACAAAGCACAGGCUGACGGAUCCAGCUACCUUCGUCAACAGUCACCUCUGCAGAAUUCACAACAAGGUCUUGGAUAAGUUUUGCAAGAGGGAUCUGACACCUAUCUGUAUAAAAUGCAGAGAGUUGGACCACAAACACCAUGAGAUCAUCUCGAUAGAGAAGGAGAGCAAGAGGGUCAGGACUCAGAUGAAGAAGAGCGAAGCAGAGUUUCAACAGAUGAUCCAGACCAGAAUCAAAAAGCUUGAGGAGAUCAACACUUCGGCAAAGUUGAGCAAAGUAAAUAAAGAACUAGAGAUACAAAAAAGCAUUGAGGUCGUCACCAUGGUGAUAAGCGUCAUUGAGAAAAACCAGGCUUCGCUCAUUGAGGAGAUGGAGCAGAAGCAGGAAGUGGCUGAGAAGACAGAAGGGGAGCUCAUCAAAGAGCUCGGGCAGGAAAUCAAUGAACUACAGAGGAGACGAAGUGAGCUGCAGCACCUGGAGCACAGUGACGACCCCCUUCAUAUCCUACAGUGUUUCCCCUCUCUGAGUUCGCCACUCUUCAGCAGGGACUGGUCUGAGGUCAGAGCCCAAUCGGACGGCUACAUAGGGACAGUGAGGAGAGCUUUCACCAAGCUGGUGGACGUGUGCCAUGCACUUGAAAAGAAGUUGGCUGCAGAAGAAAUGAGCAAGACUUAUCAAUAUGAAGCGCAUGUGACUCUGGAUCCGGUGACUGCUUCGGGCUGGUUGAGUCUGUCCGCAGAUGGGAAACAGGUGAGCCUCAGCCACCAGCAGAAGAAACCCGCUCCCCCUGACGACCCUCUCAGGUUCGACUCCUGCGUCUCCGUUUUGGGGAAACAAAGCUUCACCUCUGGGAAACAUUACUGGGAGGUUCAGGUUGGAGAUAAAACAGAUUGGGAUCUUGGUGUGGCCAGGGAGUCCAUCAACAGGAAGGGGGCCAUCACAGUGCGUCCUGACUGCGGUUACUGGGCCAUCUGCCGGCGGAAAGGCGGCAGCCUCAGCGCCUGCGCCGGUCCCUCCGUCACCCUCCACCUCCAGGAAACACCCCAGAAAGUGGGCGUGUUCCUGGACUGCGAUGAAGGAUCAGUGUCCUUCUACGACGCAGAAGCAAAGGCCCACAUUUACACUUACGGCGAGUGUGGCUUCAAUGAGCCUCUAUACCCAUACUUAAACCCCUGUCUACAUGACAAUGGGAAGAACACCGCCCCGUUGAUUAUCUGUCCUGUUGAAUUUGGAGACAGUGAUGCGACUGCAGCAUUUUGAACAGGAGACAGGCACACUUGUUUAGACGGCAAAGUCCAUGCACAUUUCUGUAUCUGUCGUGAGAAUGCUUAAAUCAGAUGAAAACCAGAUAUUAGCAAAUAAGGUCUAUACAGCCAGUCUUUACAAUGAUUUUAUACAGAUUAUUAAUGCAUCCCAUCACAGCUGUCAACACGUCACUCAGGUACCCUCCUGCACUGAUAGCCCUUUAAAACAAGAGUGCCUUCUUGCUGAGACCCCAUCAACAUCUCCACCAAUCUGCUCAUUGCCGUCUUUAAAAAGGCACACUUCCUGAUAUUUGUUGUAGUACGGACGGUCCUAAAGAUUAAUUUCCCUGAAGUUUAAACGAUUAAACUGGUUGACUAGUUUAAAAGUAAGAAAACACUCAGAAAACAGUCAAAAUAAGGGGGAGUUUUAUCUCUAGGGUUAAACAUUGUGUAUAACAGCCAUUGAAAAUCGUUAAUCGCAUUUUCUUUUUCGUAUUUGAAAUGGCGCUGAAAUCAAUAUGGUCCGCUCCAGAUGCCUGUUAUGAAUGCACCUCACAGACCCGGUGUGGUAUAAUAUUUGAUGAAAUGCCAGCAUUGGACUUCUCUUCCCUCUAUCUGUCUCAAACACACACAUUGUGAGCUGCUGAGACAGCAUAUGUCAAUAUGUAAUUUAAAUGUGUACAUUAAUAAAAUGAUAAUAAGUUUAACCGACUAGUAUUAGUGGUGCCGACUAGCGAGGAUAGCAACGUUUAAUCAA